UAGCAGAGCUUUUGGUUUUAUUUCAUCAUUGAACAUGAAGUACAAACUGCAACCAAACAAACUCAAUAAUACUGGGCCAGCAAAGGACACAGCCUUUCAUAUCAGAACUACCGCACCUCUUAAUUUCAGUGUUUAUAGUUCUAAUUUCAUAGGUUACCAUCUUAGCACGUAAAACACGGCUAGUUUCGUAAUUUAAGAAGCAGUUACACUACAACAAACAAGUCCAGGCACUCAUACACAGUACGCAGGCCCCAUUGUUACAUUAAGAAAAGAAUGGGGAAAGGCCUCAAGAACAAGAAGCCUUUUACGCUUCAAGUUGACGAACAUUUCUUUCAUAAUCGCUACAGCGACGCUUUUAGCAUUGAUCAUCUCAAUGAGGUGAUUUUUAUUCACGGAUUUAAGAAACUACACAAUCGCCAUAAGUCUGAGCUGUAUGACGCGUUGAACACUAUUGAUCUGAUAACUCCACAGCGUUCAACACUUAAAGACAACAACGACAACAAUAAUUUCUGGCCGUACGAUUCCUCCAUCUCGCUUGAUCAGGUUAAGCAAGACCUGGAUUCUUUGAACUGGCAGGAAUGUGCUGUUCAAUCAAAGACCAUUGGUCAGUCUCAGUCUGAACCAAAGGGUAGAGAUUGUUGCGGUGGUGAUGGUGUCAUGAGUUCAAAGGAUUUAUUAGUAUCUUCUUUUAAAAUCAGCCACAAACGGCGGAUAUCAAAGAGGACUAACAGGAGGAAGAGGAGUAUUGUUGCUUAUGGUAGCGUUGAUAGUUUUAACAAUAUUGCUGGUUUUGCUGACGUGGACUCUUUUGGCACUUAUGAUGGAGCUGCUGCAGUUGCAGGUUCAGGUGCAGGUGCAGGCGCAGAGGAUGAUUCCUCUCUGUUUGUGGAUUCGUACAGCUGGGAAUUCUGAUAAGUUUCUCUAUUGCUUUGCUUGCUUGAUGUGUUUUUUUCUUUUUGGUGUUUGGUUAGGGUUUUGACUAGGGAUUGUUUCUACAUUUUCUUGAUAAACUGCAGAUUUUUGUUGUUAUUAGCCGUGAUUUUUCCACGUGUCUUGCAUGAUUAGAUAAUUGUACUCGACUUGACACUGGAAUCUGCUUCCUCGCACGUUUUAAGACGGAGGUGUCAAUCCAUGGAAAUUAAUUAAUCUUUGAUAUCUCUGAAAGUGAUUGAUGAUUAAAUAGUCUUCUAAUUAGUUAGAUAAGUAUUGUUUUUAAGACAAAAUUGCAAUUCUCCUAGUCACUUACUCCUUAAGCACAAUUUGCAUAUACAUAUAAACGCAAAUUGCCAACAAUAUGUUCUGAUAGAGAGGUUAUAUAAUCUCAAAGUUUAGAUGGAGACUAAUAUGAUGGGGGCCUCCUCGUUAUGGCCGAAUUAAGUUAAAUAUUGAUAGUUGUAGCAGAGGGGUUCCUGAUUUUGCAGGGCAGGUGGCUUAAUGCAUGAUAUGAAUGGGCAGGGAAGAGGACGCUUUAUGAUUAAUGUUGGUAGAACGCUUUUGACAAGUGAUCUCGAAAGUUGACUCGGUACGUUCUUCUGGUAGAUUUUUUCUCUUUUUUAUCUUUCAAAGAGAGUAUCUUGUAAUAACGUCCCGUGUGUGAUUGAGUAGUUUGGAAGAGAUUGGACUAUAGCUUGUGUCUAGAAAGGAAAAUUAUGAUACAUAUUGAAUCAAAUGCUUUUCUUAUUCGGAGAUAUUCAAGAGCUAAUAUAAAUGUUGGAUUCUCAUA